AUGUACAACAGAAUUGCUGGAGUAUUUCAGGAAAUUCGAGAAAACAUCAAUGAUUUAAAAAUUAAAUGGGUUCUUGUGGUACUUUCAGUGAAAAUAACUAGAGGUGUAGUAGUGGAGGUGGUUGUCGGUUUUGAAGUACUAGUUGUAGAUGGUACUUCUGUUGAAACAGGUGAUGUAAUUGGAGUAGUGGAGGUGCUUGUAGGUGUUGAAGGAGGUGGUGUGCCAGGAGUUGUACUAGUUGUAGAUGGUACUUCUGUUGAAACAGGUGGCAGAGGCGUAAUUGGUGUAGUGGAGGUGCUUGUCGGUGUUGAAGGAGGUGGUGUGCCAGGAGUUGUACUAGUUGUAGAUGGUACUUCUGUUGAAACAGGUGGCAAAGGCGUAAUUGGAGUAGUGGAGGUGCUUGUCGGUGUUGAAGGAGGUGGUGUGCCAGGAGUUGUACUAGUUGUAGAUGGUCCUUCUGUUGAAACAGGUGGUGUAAUUGGAGUAGUGGAGGUGCUUGUCGGUGUUGAAGGAGGUGGUGUGCCAGGAGUUGUACUAGUUGUAGAUGGUACUUCUGUUGAAACAGGUGGCAGAGGCGUAAUUGGAGUAGUGGAGGUGCUUGUCGGUGUUGAAGGAGGUGGUGUGCCAGGAGUUGUACUAGUUGUAGAUGGUACUUCUGUUGAAACAGGUGGUGUAAUUGGAGUAGUGGAGGUGCUUGUCGGUGUUGAAGGAGGUGGUGUGCCAGGAGUUGUACUAGUUGUAGAUGGUACUUCUGUUGAAACAGGUGGCAGAGGCGUAAUUGGAGUAGUGGAGGUGCUUGUCGGUGUUGAAGGAGGUGGUGUGCCAGGAGUUGUACUAGUUGUAGAUGGUACUUCUGUUGAAACAGGUGGUGUAAUUGGAGUAGUGGAGGUGCUUGUCGGUGUUGAAGGAGGUGGUGUGCCAGGAGUUGUACUAGUUGUAGAUGGUACUUCUGUUGAAACAGGUGGCAGAGGCGUAAUUGGAGUAGUGGAGGUGCUUGUCGGUGUUGAAGGAGGUGGUGUGCCAGGAGUUGUACUAGUUGUAGAUGGUACUUCUGUUGAAACAGGUGGUGUAAUUGGAGUAGUGGAGGUGCUUGUCGGUGUUGAAGGAGGUGGUGUGCCAGGAGUUGUACUAGUUGUAGAUGGUACUUCUGUUGAAACAGGUGGCAGAGGCGUAAUUGGAGUAGUGGAGGUGCUUGUCGGUGUUGAAGGAGGUGGUGUGCCAGGAGUUGUACUAGUUGUAGAUGGUACUUCUGUUGAAACAGGUGGCAGAGGCGUAAUUGGAGUAGUGGAGGUGCUUGUCGGUGUUGAAGGAGGUGGUGUGCCAGGAGUUGUACUAGUUGUAGAUGGUACUUCUGUUGAAACAGGUGGUGUAAUUGGAGUAGUGGAGGUGCUUGUCGGUGUUGAAGGAGGUGGUGUGCCAGGAGUUGUACUAGUUGUAGAUGGUACUUCUGUUGAAACAGGUGGCAGAGGCGUAAUUGGAGUAGUGGAGGUGCUUGUCGGUGUUGAAGGAGGUGGUGUGCCAGGAGUUGUACUAGUUGUAGAUGGUACUUCUGUUGAAACAGGUGGCAGAGGCGUAAUUGGAGUAGUGGAGGUGCUUGUCGGUGUUGAAGGAGGUGGUGUGCCAGGAGUUGUACUAGUUGUAGAUGGUACUUCUGUUGAAACAGGUGGCAGAGGCGUAAUUGGAGUAGUGGAGGUGCUUGUCGGUGUUGAAGGAGGUGGUGUGCCAGGAGUUGUACUAGUUGUAGAUGGUACUUCUGUUGAAACAGGUGGCAGAGGCGUAAUUGGAGUAGUGGAGGUGCUUGUCGGUGUUGAAGGAGGUGGUGUGCCAGGAGUUGUACUAGUUGUAGAUGGUACUUCUGUUGAAACAGGUGGCAGAGGCGUAAUUGGAGUAGUGGAGGUGCUUGUCGGUGUUGAAGGAGGUGGUGUGCCAGGAGUUGUACUAGUUGUAGAUGGUACUUCUGUUGAAACAGGUGGUGUAAUUGGAGUAGUGGAGGUGCUUGUCGGUGUUGAAGGAGGUGGUGUGCCAGGAGUUGUACUAGUUGUAGAUGGUACUUCUGUUGAAACAGGUGGCAGAGGCGUAAUUGGAGUAGUGGAGGUGCUUGUCGGUGUUGAAGGAGGUGGUGUGCCAGGAGUUGUACUAGUUGUAGAUGGUACUUCUGUUGAAACAGGUGGCAGAGGCGUAAUUGGAGUAGUGGAGGUGCUUGUCGGUGUUGAAGGAGGUGGUGUGCCAGGAGUUGUACUAGUUGUAGAUGGUACUUCUGUUGAAACAGGUGGCAGAGGCGUAAUUGGAGUAGUGGAGGUGCUUGUCGGUGUUGAAGGAGGUGGUGUGCCAGGAGUUGUACUAGUUGUAGAUGGUACUUCUGUUGAAACAGGUGGCAGAGGCGUAAUUGGAGUAGUGGAGGUGCUUGUCGGUGUUGAAGGAGGUGGUGUGCCAGGAGUUGUACUAGUUGUAGAUGGUACUUCUGUUGAAACAGGUGGUGUAAUUGGAGUAGUGGAGGUGCUUGUCGGUGUUGAAGGAGGUGGUGUGCCAGGAGUUGUACUAGUUGUAGAUGGUACUUCUGUUGAAACAGGUGGCAGAGGCGUAAUUGGAGUAGUGGAGGUGCUUGUCGGUGUUGAAGGAGGUGGUGUGCCAGGAGUUGUACUAGUUGUAGAUGGUACUUCUGUUGAAACAGGUGGCAGAGGCGUAAUUGGAGUAGUGGAGGUGCUUGUCGGUGUUGAAGGAGGUGGUGUGCCAGGAGUUGUACUAGUUGUAGAUGGUACUUCUGUUGAAACAGGUGGCAGAGGCGUAAUUGGAGUAGUGGAGGUGCUUGUCGGUGUUGAAGGAGGUGGUGUGCCAGGAGUUGUACUAGUUGUAGAUGGUACUUCUGUUGAAACAGGUGGCAGAGGCGUAAUUGGAGUAGUGGAGGUGCUUGUCGGUGUUGAAGGAGGUGGUGUGCCAGGAGUUGUACUAGUUGUAGAUGGUACUUCUGUUGAAACAGGUGGUGUAAUUGGAGUAGUGGAGGUGCUUGUCGGUGUUGAAGGAGGUGGUGUGCCAGGAGUUGUACUAGUUGUAGAUGGUACUUCUGUUGAAACAGGUGGCAGAGGCGUAAUUGGAGUAGUGGAGGUGCUUGUCGGUGUUGAAGGAGGUGGUGUGCCAGGAGUUGUACUAGUUGUAGAUGGUACUUCUGUUGAAACAGGUGGCAGAGGCGUAAUUGGAGUAGUGGAGGUGCUUGUCGGUGUUGAAGGAGGUGGUGUGCCAGGAGUUGUACUAGUUGUAGAUGGUACUUCUGUUGAAACAGGUGGCAGAGGCGUAAUUGGAGUAGUGGAGGUGCUUGUCGGUGUUGAAGGAGGUGGUGUGCCAGGAGUUGUACUAGUUGUAGAUGGUACUUCUGUUGAAAUAGGUGGUGUAAUUGGAGUAGUGGAGGUGCUUGUCGGUGUUGAAGGAGGUGGUGUGCCAGGAGUUGUACUAGUUGUAGAUGGUACUUCUGUUGAAACAGGUGGCAGAGGCGUAAUUGGAGUAGUGGAGGUGCUUGUCGGUGUUGAAGGAGGUGGUGUGCCAGGAGUUGUACUAGUUGUAGAUGGUAGUUCUGUUGAAACAGUGGUGUAA